AUGUAUAUACUUAAGAGAGCAUUUAGUACAGUAGGCCAAGUGAUUGGUAAACAUAAACAUAAGCAGCUCAUAUCGGUCGAAACGGAAAUUUAUUCACCUUUUAUUAAUAACGAUGUCCACUUUAGAGGAUAUCCCCUGAGGAUGCUAGCAUCGCAACAUACAUUUCUGGAAGUCUUCCAUUUGAUUCUAAACGCGAAGUUGCCAGAAAAAUCCGAACUAGAUGACUUUGUAAAACAUAUACACAGCGGAAUCGUGGAUUAUCCUUAUGUUUUAACGGAAAACCUUAAAAUACUUCCUGCCAAUAUACACAUUACUGAUAUGUUAAUUUCAUGCUUCUCUCUUGUAAAUGGAUUUGAAAAUAGAAAUUAUGGAUCACUAUUUGGGCAAUGUCUAGGAAUUAUAUAUUCCUGGAAAAUAAAAAAAAACAAAAACCCUCUCUGCUCGAACAAUCCCGUUGCUGAUUUAGCAUCUAGGUUAUUAUUUCGCAAGUCGAUUGAUGAUAACAUAGCCAAAUUUAUAAACGUUCUGCUCGUUUUGAGCAUAGAUCAUGGGCUAACAAGUGCGUCAUAUGCAGCUAGAAUAUGUACCUCGGAACUCGGUAGCGCAUAUUCAAGUCUUAUUGCUGCAGCCUCUAUCCAUAAGACAUGUCUCGUACAACUGGAUAACUACGAUGAAAUAAUCAAUGAGGGAGUAGCAAUGUUAGAUUCGCACAAAGGCUAUAUACACGGGUCUCGUAUCCCAAACGAAUUAAAAUCGGUGGUUACAGCAAGAAAAGACCCUAGGGUUGGCAUUCUAGUUGUUAGUUUAAAAUGA